AAGCAACAACAAUUAAUUGUAAUUGACUCAGUCGCACGGGCAGCGCACAACCGCCAAGUUGGAUUUGGAUUUCGAGCAAUCGGAGUGGCGCCUCAGUUCCGUUUCCCAAAACCUAUUUCACUCACUUGCCGACUAUGCGAGCCGGAGUCGCUUGUCUCCUGGUGCUCCUGGGCAUCUGCGGAGCCGCCCGGGCGGAUCUCACCUACCGCGGCAAUGCAGUGCAUCCAGAUUAUCCUGGCCAGUGCUACUAUGAGGAACUCAACCAGGCCAUACCCAAAAAACAGUCCUACAAGCCCAUCAAUCGCGAGGGCUAUUGCCAAUCCAUUUACUGCAGACCAGACUACGUCCUGGAAAUCGGCUAUUGCGGUCGCCACAAUCUGGUGCCCACGGAGAAGUGCAAGAUCGCCUCGGAUAUGCGGCGCACCUUUCCCGAAUGCUGUCCCAAGCUGGUUUGCCAGGAGUCCGAGAGCAACUACAUCUAGACCGGAGGCGGAUGCUGUGCUGGCUGCUUAGUAUUACCACUUCCU